AUGAAAGCUCUUCAUCUCGCCCUAGUUUACCUGGCUACCUCUGCAACAGCGGCUAUAACAGACUUUGACAGCUGGGAACAUGGACGCGUCGCUCUAGACGACGUCAGCAUACACUUCCGGUACGCCGGCUCAGGCCCUCCUGUGCUCCUUGUACACGGGAACCCCCAGCACAGCUUGACGUGGCAGUUUAUCGGUCCCAUCCUCGCACAGAACUAUACCGUCAUUGCACCAGACAACCGUGGCGCCGGGGACUCGAGUAUUCCGCCCGAUGGGAACUACAGCGCCACAGCUUCGGCGGCAGACCUGAAGGGAGUGCUGGACUUUCUGAACGUCACGUCGUCGUAUGUGUUCGCGCAUGACAAGGGCGUUGGUAUGGCGACGGCGCUGGCGAUUCAACAUCCUGAUAUGGUCAAGAGACUAGCCUUGGCCGAGUACGGACUUCCGGGAUUUGGAUACGACCAGAUCGCCACGCCGGCUCCGUUCUGGGACCUGUACCAAAAUUGGCAACUUGCUUUCUUCCAAGUUCCCGACUUGGCUGAGUUUCUCAUGUCUGGAAAAGAGAAGCAGUUUCUAGAGUGGUACUUCUUCCACGGGAGCUACUCUGGAACGGCGAGCUUUAGUGAGGAUACCGUCAAUAGAUACGCCACUAGUAUCUCCAAGCCAGGAUUCCUCAGAGCGAUGCUAGGUCCUUUCUCCGCUGCGACGGUCUACGAUGAUACAAAAUUCUUCUCAGCGUCCUUGAACGACAGCCGUUUGGAUGUGCCGUUACUGGGCAUGGGCGGAGAAGCGAGCUUGGGGUGGGAGUCAGUGCUGCGCCAGACCUAUGAGCCGAUCUCGUCCGAUUUGCAGGUUGACAUUAUUCCCAAGGCAGGACAUUGGAUUGCCGAUGAAAAUCCAGGAUGGACAGCUCGGCGAGUGGCAAGAUUCUUUGCGGAGGAUGGUUCGGUGCUUCCAGAACUUGAUCUCUCGUACUUGAAGGACUUGGUGACACUCGACGUGGGGUAUUUUGGUACGAGGAGAAACAUGGCACUGGGAAUGCAGUAA